GCUGUUGGACCUACCGUCGGUUGCUGACUUUGCACAAACUACCCUUAUUGACCUCUAUGGACCCGGCGCCCUGGUUGAUUUGGGCAUUGCUAGUGGGGACUACACUGUCUAUGCCUUUCGUCCGGCUGAUCUGCCGGGGGGCCUUUCUUUUCUUGUGCAUCGAUCAGGCGGACUACGAGUGGGGGUCACCGUCGACCGCACCAUGGAAACCUUCGGCCCUGAAUACAUCACCUCUCAGUCCCCUGGUCUUGCCGAGGCUGUUGGUAAUAUUGGCUUGGUUGCGGUGGAUGGGGUUUCAGUUGAGGACCGUCCUAGCAUUGAGCUUCCCACUGAUUCUUUCACCGCUGCCUUUCUUGUGACCAAUGCACAGCCUGAGGGUGAGCCCGAAGCUGAAGCCCCCUCAUCCAGCGGGA